AUGUCCAAGUAUAAAGUAACUCUCAAUCAAGACUACUCAUGGCCUGAGCCAUUGAGUGAAUUACCCUUGAAAAUACAUCCAUCAAUGGAUGGAAAGCUUGACCCAGAGUACGUUAAGUUUUUUAAUGAAGUACUCUGCAACAGACCAGACAUUUUGGAGACCCACAAGUAUCCUGUCGAGGUGACAAAAAAGGGCGGCAAUGUGAUCCCAGGGCAGAGACCCUCUAAGGAAAUGUCCAAAAUCUUUGACAUCACCAUUCCGAGAAUGCAUACUGAAGGCGAGCCUAUCCCGGCUAGAGUGUUUAUUCCCAAAGGGACACCGCCAUCAGAUGGAUGGCCGUGUAUGAUCUGGUAUCAUGGAGGAGGAUGGGUUUUGGGUGGUCUGCAUACAGAGAAUUCGUAUUGCACCUACUUGGCUGAAGAUGCAAAAUGUUUGGUUAUCUCGAUCGACUACAGGCUUGCCCCCGAAUUCCCGUAUCCAGCAUGCGUGGACGAUUCUUUUGAGGCAUUACUUUUUAUCAUGUACGGUCCAAAAGACCUAGACAUUGAUACAACUAAAGUGGGUUUGGGAGGAUGUUCGGCGGGUGGUAACCUUUCUGCUAUCAUGACGCAUAAAUACGCAAGCUCUCCCCUAUCCAAAGGUUUACCACCACUUAGAAUUCAGCUACUGAUAGUCCCAGUGAUUGAUAACUCGGCAACUGCAGAAACGUAUGUCUCCUGGAAAGAAAACAAGUUUACUCCACAGCUUCCUGCGGACAAGAUGAUGUGGUAUCGGCAGACUUAUCUCCCUGAAGCAGGCUCGACACUGGUUGAGCCAGAGUCAAGCCCGAUUUACUAUCCAGAUUCCAGUUUCAAGCUUGUACCUCCAGCUUAUUUAGGGGUUGCAGAAUGUGAUGUCUUAAGGUCAGAAGCUGAAGCCUAUCACGAAAAAUUGAUUGCAAAUGGCAUAGAAAGCAAGUUGGAAAUACUCAAAGGAGUUCCUCAUACGGUCAUGAUCAUGAACGAGAGACUAAAGCAGGGUGAUCAGUUGGUUGAGAAUUCGAUCUCUGCAGUAAAGGCUGCAUUUUCAUGA